AUGAACGGAAAUACGAGCAGAGGUGUGUUUAGGACUCUGGACCUAAUAUAUAAACUAUACACAGUACUAAAUAGAUCCCGAGCAGCCAUAUCCAGAUUCUCACGGCCAUCAGCAUCCGCGCUAAGGUCUUCACAUUCGGUCAUAGAUAUUGAUCUUCAAUCGCAGCAAGAUGAACAGGAAGGAAAUUUAUUUGCCAACGAUGAUGCCACGGAUAUUGAUGAGAAUAGUGAUGAGGCUCCUCAGCGUCACCAGAGAGUCCAGAAACGUUCUGUUGAAGACCAUUCACAACAUCCACAAAGAGCAAAGAGGCUGAGAUUUGUAAGUUAGAAUUUAAGGUCUUUGAUAUAAUCUGCUAAUAAAUAAAGCUUACUGCGGACUCACCAUCACCGGCUCUUAGUGGACCUACCUCGGCAUUUUCAUCACAGAGCCAGCAAGCCCAAAUACAUUCUGGCCAUCGCAGGGUUAAUUCACCACAUUUCACACCCUCAAUUUUGGGCUCACAGCCAAUUUUAACUCAUCCAAAUGGACGUCAAACGGCUGCCAGUGAAGAAGACAACUUGAAUAGUGCAUCCGAUAUUGUUGAUACGGUAACUUCACUUUCAGAUCGGUCAAACUUUAUGCGGGGUGAGGAAAGGAUAGUAUUUGAAAACGCGGCAAAUAUGGUCCGGUAUCAUACCUGGUUCGUUAACCCUUUUGUCAAGCCAUCUGAGAAUGAUUCCCUAUUGGAAAGUUACUGGGUGAAGGCAGCCAGCAAGCUUGGCUGGCCCGGUUUGGCAAUGCAGAAGCAUGCCAUGACUUUUGUGAGUACAAAAUAGCCGAAGGGCGUCUCCUUGUGGCUCUUUCCAAGCUGAUUCAAUCUCUCCAGUUGAAAUCAAGGCAGUCCAGCGCCCGCUCUCAUCUUGUUUCGGAGACCAGAAUUACUGUACAGGACUUUUAUGACCUUCUACACAAGCAACCGGCAGAAAUUCGAGCAAAGGUUGGCUAUUUGCUUGAAGAUGAUCGUUUUACAUGUCAUCCAAGCAAGCAGGAGGUAGGUUUAACUUGAUGGAGUCAGGAAGGGGACGGAGAAAAGCUAAUUUGAGCAGAAUUGCGGCUUCCGGUUUGGUGCACCAGAGAUAGCAAAACUGUUAUACCACAAGUGGUUCCGCAAUGUUAAGAUGCGAGGACGAAGCGAUAAAUCCUUUCUCAGUCGGAUUAAUGAUGUCUUGAUAUGUCUUACAGCGGCUUGUAUUUACCAUGCCUUAAAGUCGUGGAGCACAGGGACCUUCGUGCAGCCAUCAGAUUUCUCUGCUUUAACUGCACAAAGUAGGUUUGACCCUUUCACCGGAAGAUAUUGGAUGUUGUGAGGCUAGUAUUAAAGUUGUACUAAUUAAAUCAGAUGUUUACUUGCGCCAAAGGGCUACAUGGCAGCGAUUACCAGUGGUGGUUCAAAAGAAGCUGGUUGAAGAUACGAAGAAACGAAUAAAGCGCUUACUUCGUGAUAAUGGGUUCGUUCAAGAACAUGAAUCUCGUGCGGCACUAGAGGACCCGGACGCUGCAGAGUAUCUCGGGGUACAGGUUUCUGGGGAUGAGGAAAGCGAGGUAGAGGAUAAUAAUUUGGACCUGGAAGCGGAGGAUGUGAUUGACGGGCUUGUGGAGGGUCCUGAUGAGGACGAAUAGCGGUUAAUAGGCAAAGGAUAGCAAUUGUUAAUUAAUAUUUCAAUCAAUGAAAGGGAAAUUGUAAUAUUC